GGCGCAAGCGCCGACGACGGUGAGAUGAUCGAGGGAGGAACAUCUGUGCAGGCGUAAACGGAGCUCCGCACGGAGUUCUUGGCUCUGCGCUCGGCCCCCCUGGCGGCGCCUCCGGCGCGGCCCCUGGCACGCUCCGUGCGCCAGGGAGGGGUGUCCAGCGCAGAUCCAAGAAAUCACCUUCGAGUUCCGACAGUUUUUACGUUCACGGUGUUUCUGCGUCUCCUAGGUGAGGGUAUCUGGCCUCCCCACCACUUACAGGGCCGACCACCUGAUUUCCCUGCUGGGCGUGAUGGGGUACUCCAAGCUGUUCGGGGCGGUGGAUCUUGUUUACGUGCCCGUCAAAUUUAGCACAAUGGUUGGCUUGGGCUAUGCCUUUGUGAAUUGGACUACCCCUGAGAUCGCCAUGCAGUUUAUGCACACAUAUGGUGGUUUCGACAGCGACAUGUCGCCUCCUUUCGGGGUGGUGUUCAAGGCGACUUGGAGCCAUUGCCAAGGUCUCGAAAAUAAUGUCGCCCGCUACCAGAACAGCGCCGUCAUGAACAGCUCAGUGCCAGCCUCGUGCAAGCCAGUUCUUUUGAAGGAUGGCUGCCAGAUCUUGUUCCCAGAGCCUACCAAGCAGCUACGGAAGUUGAGGUACCGGAACUUGAUGUGA